AUGGUCAGUACCACUCUAACCCCACCGGCGGAGGUCUCGGCUGCCCCUUCAUCUUCAUCCCUCACCAACUCCCCCACUCUGGCUCCACCCUCCACUGGCCACUCCGAGUUCCCUCCCUCACCUCCAACCUCAACACCAUCCCCACAAUGUUCUGUGCCACCAUCUCAACCCGUUGUCAACCCUCACAAGAGACCCCAACCCGAUGAGGGUGGCAUCAUCACCCGGUCUAAAAGCAACAUUGUCAAGCCCCUCAAGAAGCUUAACCUCCAUGUCCAACCCUCUCUUCCACUCGAACCCAGCACCAUCACCCAAGCUCUUUGCGACCCUGAUUGGCGCUCAGCUAUGCAAGCUAAGUUUGACGCCUUACACCGCAACAACACUUGA